CCGCCGCGCUCCGCCCCGCGCCGCUCACGAUGGCCCGGGUCCGCGCGCUCCUGCUCGCCGCGCUUCUGCUCGCCGCCGCCCUGUCGACCACUACGGGGCUCGGGACAGCGGCCAAGGAGAAGCGGGGCUGGACCCUCAACAGCGCCGGCUACCUCCUGGGCCCCCAUGCCGUGGACAGCCACCGGUCAUUCAGUGACAAGCAGGGCGUCACCGGCAAGAGGGAGCUGCAGGCGGAGGCCGGGGCGGCAGCGGAGGCCGGGGCGGCAGCGAAGCCCGGGGGCUACGACCGCGCUCUGCCUGAGAACAAUAUCGUGCGCACCCUGGUCGACUUUCUGACUUUCUUGCAUCUCAAAGAGGCUGGGGCCCUCGACAGCCUGCCUGGCCUGCCCUGGGCCGCGUCCUUAGAAGACCCCGAAGACCCUGAAUAGCCCCAAGCUGCGGCUGCCGCCCUGGCCACGCCCACCUGUGUGGCGUUCAGAGCCACGCUUGAAGAUGACACUCGCCC